CCAUAUGUCUCCGACUCCGUAUGAAUGCAACGUGAAGUUCGCUGUGCCUUUCUAUCGUUUCUCCGGUCCUAGGAAUGCUCAUAACCACCAUCUUUGCUGUUUUGUGCGAUCUGGCUAUAUCUAUAGCUAGCCGAUCAGCCACAUUCUGGAAGCCUCGUAGGGACGCCGGUGUCCGCACGCAGUAAUAAUCUAUAUGAAUGCAUUAUUUGGAGUGAAGUGUAACGCGUUUUGGAAUGUGAGAGCUAACGUGAAUGGCUUCUCCCGUUUUAGCCUUCAGUCCGGCAGUACAGGACAUACUCAUGGGGAUGUUCUCACGACCCUGCCUACCAGGUACCCGCGAACACCUUUGAAUAUGUGGCAAUUAGCACAUCGCAACCCUUGUCAAAUCAAGAGCGCUUCGAGUCUGGUAAAAUUUAAGCGAGUGCGGUUGCAUUUCAGGACAUCUAUUCGCGUUGUCGGGUUUCCCACCAGGAUUGAACAGCGAAAUAUUCGGAAACUCUAUGAACCCACGACGAUGGCGAUUCUAUUGCCCGGCGGUCAUAAUUCCGACGGGGCAAAGCACACUGUUACUCUUUCCGGUUAUAGAUGUUCAAUAUUCGACUUCCGGAGUCAUCAAAAGAGAGGAAAGACAAGAACAGAGAAACAGGACAAAUGGAGCAUGCUAGCGCUAGGGCACCAAGUAAUCAGCUGUAAUCACAUCAGUUGAUUCUCCAGCCCGUCGAGAUGCUACGGAUCACCACCGAACAAGCACCGAGAGCAAGGUUUUGAUUGUGAAUAGUGAAAUGCCAAUGUUCCGUGACUACUUAAUCUACGGUAGACGAUACUUUCAAGGGUCGCAUUUCAUGCAUGCGGGUUUA